UUACAUAAUACUGUAUAUUAAUAAUGAAUGCAAACAGUGAUCAACAAUAUUGUCAUCAAUUAAACACAUGUUUAAGUGAUUUAACUCUUCUUCAUAAUAAUUAACACAAAUUAUAUGAUAUUAUUGUUUGAGUUUUUAAUUGUUUUGAAAAUCUAGUCCACAAUCACUUGACUUACAGUACAAACAAAAAUAAAACAUUUGUUUAUAUUGUGUUGAUAUUAUAAUAUAUGGAUUCAUAUGAAUAUUAGCCAUCAAUUUGAUGAAUAUAUGGUUAUCAUUGACUCUUUUGACGGAUUAUCUCAAGACAUGACUAUUGUAUGAGUUGUCAUAUCAAUGAUUAAUAUCACAAUUUAAUAACAAUUUAACGAAAGUCAUAAUGAAAUCCAAAACCCGAAACUGUUGUCAUCAAUGGUUUUGGAGAUAUUGUUGUUUUGAUAAACUAUUUGUUAUAGCGUUAAGAACUCUUGGAUUGAUUUCAAUUUAUUACUUAUUUUCAAUUGGUAUCACUUUUUACCAAAAAUGGUUUAUUAAAAGAUUUCAUUACCCCUUAAGUGUAGUGAUGUGUCAUAUGAUAAUCAAGUUGUUGAUCGCGGCCUUAAUUAGACAGAUCUACAAAUGGGUGACCGGUGUGUCCCGAAUAACACUAAAUUGGUCAGAAAAUGGACGCAAGUUAUCGGCAACGGGAAUGGCCAGUGCCUUAGACAUCGGCUUUUCAAACUGGAGUUUUGAAUUCAUUACCAUUUCGUUGUAUACAAUGACAAAGUCUACGUGUAUUAUAUUUAUAUUAUUGUUUGCCAUUAUCUUUGAUCUCGAAAAAAAGAGAUUUUCGCUAAUAAUUGUUGUGUUUUUGAUAUCAAUUGGACUCUUCAUGUUUACCUAUCAUUCAACACAAUUUCAAAUUCAGGGUUUUCUUCUAGUAUUAAGUGCUUCUCUUUUAGGUGGUUUACGAUGGACUCUAUCACAAUUAGUUAUGCAACGCAAAGAAGUUGGGUUAAGCAAUCCAUUAGACAUGAUGUAUCACAUCCAGCCCUGGAUGCUUUUGGGUUUAAUACCACUGGCCGUUGUGUUUGAAGGCAUACCAUUGAGUCAAAGCAAAGUAACAAUUAGUCAAAUAUUCAAUGACUCGGAGCUUAUAUGGGAAGCAAUAAGUUUGAUAAUAAUUGGUUCAAUUCUAGCCUUUUUCAUGGAAUUCAGUGAAUUCUUACUCUUAACGUAUACAUCGAGUCUUACCCUUUCAAUCGCCGGUAUAUUUAAAGAGGUAUUCACACUAUAUCUGGCCGUUAACUAUAACGGCGAUCAAAUGAGUCGUUUAAACUUUAUUGGACUCAUUGUAUGUCUCUUUGGGAUCGGACUUCAUGUCAGUAUAAAAACCUUUGAUACAACUGGUAAGCCAAACAAACUGUUUUGGACAGGGAGUCAGUAUGUGGUGAGAUUGAGUCGAAACGAUUACUUGAAGGCAUCGAUGAAGACGUCUUAUUUGAUUUGAAGCCAAUUGG